CAAAACUCUGUAUCUCCUUUCCUCUCUGCGGUGUAACCAUCCCUGUGCUCGCCAACGAUGUAGCCGUCGCCAUCCCCGUGCUGGCCUGCGAUCUAGCCGUCAUCAUCCUCGUUCUCGCUAGCGAUGUUGUCACCAUCGCUAGUGUUGAUGUUACGUUCUAACCCUAGCUCUGAAUCAGAGAAGUCUUUGUGGAUCUUUCUCAAUUCCGAGCGUGAAGAGCACCAGGUACUAGGAACCAGACAAAAGGCAAUGAAGAGCUUACAGUUCCAAUCCAUUGGUCAGAACCAUCUAAAGCCUUAGAGAUCUGAUUCACAAGCUGGCACAGAGGGAGGAGGAGGAGGCCACCAGCCGGAAGAAGAAGGUCGUUGCUAAAGCCUCUGGGUGAUUGCGCACCCUUCCCGCUUGGAAGCAAGAGGAGCUAAUGGAAAGACUAGUGAGCAAUAGAAGUCGCUCAUACCUCACCUCAGGCGUAGGACUUUAACGCCUUGGGACUGCAUACAAGCUUUGAUGGGAAAUGCUAAAUGUACAUGCCAUCCUAUUAAUGACUUCUGUUUUUAGUGUUACGGUUACUGCUUCGGUAGAUUAACAAGAGAUUUUUUUGGAGAUUUUAUUUCUUAAACGUACAUCCUUCAGCGAUAUAUAGCACCUAUAUAUAGGCACUCUUCACAAACACAAGGAGCAUGUUUUAACUUGGGAAUUGCAAACAUUCUCCAACCAACUAAGCAAGUUUAGAAAGCUGCCCGAGCCAACUCCUCGCUAAAGGCCACCAAUAAAGAGGGAAUGAAGAAGCUAGAUGACACCUUGGGGCUUGGGGCGAGAUCAAGAGCUAAAGUAAGAAGAGUCCCUUGAUCAUUUGCUUGAAGCAGCUUUGUAGAGAGUGAACCACAAGGCAGUGAUGGCUAGUGACUUUGCCAUUGCACAGUUCUACUUUCUGGAGAGGCUUCUUGUUGUGCAUGGUCAUUGGUGCUACAAGCGCAUUGCUCAAAUGUGACGACGAAGCAGAGAUGAAGAAAUGUGCUCUUCAUCUGUUAGUUUUAUCACAUUCCUGUUACCAGGAAUUGUUUCAGCACCAUGUACAAGCUAGGGAAGGGUACGUUGGCACCCCCUGCUGGUGUUUGAGUCUUGCUGAAUCACCAUCGCCAGUGAGUUUCUUCGCCCGCUCAUUUCUCGAAACCUGAAUCGCAGGUCAUAUUUCAUCUAGGUUCUAGUUCCUAACAAGAAAACCUUUUCUCUUUCUUUAUUUGUGUAGAUAUUAGCCGUUAGUUUUCAGUUGUGGUUUUAAUAGUUUGAAUUCUUCAAUAAAAAUUUCAAUUUUUU